GGUUGGAUUGGAGCAGCUUUCCGUUGGUUUUCGCUGCUCUACGGUUUUGCGCAACCACCAGUUUGCUGGGAACGCUCGUCGGACGUAGACUAAUUUCUUGCGGUCUUUUCUCGCGGUGGUCUUUUUCAGGUGUACGACGGCGCACCUCUCGACCUUCUUCUGCUUCUUCCUAUUGCAAGGGCUUUUACGUCCUCGAGAUCAAUUUGUAAAUCAGUGACGAUAUCGGGAUUUUUUUGUUUUUGGUGUUGGCGAUAUUUGAAAGGGAAUUCAGUGUUUUCGAAACAAGUGAAGGAAUCAGUGAAAUCGGUUGCAAACUUUCCACGAAACAGUGUCUGACACGCAGCGCAAGCCACAUCCAAUCAAGUGCACCGCAACGGUAUAUGAAUGUGCCGUGCCUGCAUACGAAAGAUUCCAGAGAGCGAAGUGACGAACCUUGUCAUAAAAAAGGCGAAGUGAUUAGUGCGCGGAAUCGAAGGCAUGACCAAUUGGGUGAAAAUUUAUGCAUAAGCCGUUACGAUACCAUAAAAAAGGAACCAUUGUCUCUACAACACUUUCGAGCGGGUACUUGGGCGGUUGGCGAUUGAGGUGAGAGCACGGAUGAGAUCAUCACCUGUCAGGUCGCGGAAUUGACGACACUUAUGCCAGCGACUUCCACAUUUCGACAGUGAAGAAACGUGAGGAAAAUUCCUGCAACCACGAUUAACGCUCCCAAGACUUCGAACCUGCUGUGUGCGUGAAAAUUAGUGUAACACUCGCAAAGUGAAAUUUCCCUCCCACAAUUAUCUUCCCACUGGGUGCCUCGUUUGAUUCGAAGCAACCAAGAAGCGUGCAAAACGAAGAAGAAAAAACCUACCGCGGUGAAUGUGAUGUGAACAACUUACCAAGCUCUGCCUACAUAUAUAUUUCUUCAUAACAUUGAAUUUUUAAUGAAACAGAAAGCCUUCGGUGCGGUGACGAAAGAAGAAAAAUAAAUCGGUUUCCAAGUUGGAGAAGCUGCAGAGUGUGUUGUAUCGUCUCCGUUGUGUUCAAACUUGGAAGAUUUGAUAACUCGGUGGUGUUGUAUCUGGCUGGGGUUGCCUUCAUUGCGAAGUUGACAACGAACGACGAAUACGACGACGACUUGAGCGGAAUUGGAGAGAGUGACGAGAAACCUGUUUGCGCGCGCCUUGAGAAGCGAAUAAAGUGCAUCCGAGCAACGGUGAUUGGGGUUUGUGUUUGAAAGCAUUCGGAAUUUGACUCCCGGCGUGGUGAAUUUUUCGAUAGUUGACUUUUCUCAGAAUUGGACUUCAACAGCUUAUUUUGGAGAUUAAUUUUAUUGGUGCACCUCGAAGAAACCCACACUUGGAAAAGGAAUGUCCCGAACGUGAUGGAUUGCAGGCGAAAAAAGUAAACAAGCUACACGAGGUGCCAUACCCAUACCCAAUCGUACCCAGUGAUUAUAUCUCCCCACUAACGAGAUGAAAUGAUUAUGUGCGGCACAGGAAAACCUUUGCAGUCGUUUCGUAGCCCAACAACGCAGCACAAUUAACGACCCACGAUUCGAAACCAUGACUUCCUCCUAUGAACGAAUAAAGGCAGAAUGUAAGCAAAAAAAUGUCCUCUGGGAAGACGAAGACUUUCCGGCGACGCAGUCGUCGGUAUUUUACCACCAAACCCCGCCCUUCACGUUUCAAUGGAAGCGACCGCACGAGAUCACCCAGAACCCGGUGUUCGUCAACGAUUCCACGGCACAGUUCGACAUUGUGCCGGGCAAAAUGGGCGACCGGUGGCUCGUGAGCUGCCUGGGCGUUCUCUACCUUUCGAAGGGACUCUUCUACCGGGUUGUCCCGGCAGAUCAAAACUUCGACAAGCCAUACUAUGGAAUGUUUCGCUUCCGACUGUGGUGGUGCGGGGAGUGGUUGGAAGUUCUAGUCGACGAUAGAUUACCAACGAUCAACGGAAAGCUGGCGUUCCUGCAAGCUCAAAACUCAAAUUCAUUCUGGCCGGGACUGCUGGAGAAAGCCUAUGCCAAAUUACACGGGUCCUACGAAGCUUUAAAAUACGGUACGCUGCUGGACGGCCUGGCGGAUCUCACCGGAGGCAUCACCGAAUCGAUAUCGAUCAAAACGGACGGUAACAUCUUGAUUCGACCUCCACUACUGCACUCGUUGCUGGACACGACCAGCAUAGUGACCUGCACAGUCAACAAUGGGACCACAACGCAAAUUCGGAAUCAAACCGAAGCACUGCCAAACGGAGUCCACGUCGGGAUAAACUAUCGGUUGUGUUCACUGGAUAAGGCUGAAACCAUCAUGGGCGACACCGUGCAACUGGUUCGAUUGCGGAAUCCCGUGUCACAAACCCUUAACAAAUCCGCCACCUUCAACGGAGAUUGGUCAUCCUUCUCGAGCUCGUGGGAACGCGUCACGAUGAACGAACGGAACCGUCUCAUAGAGCAGCUGGACGUCGGCGAGUUCUGGAUGUCCUUCUUCGACAUGACCCAGACUUUCAGUCAUCUGGAGUGCGUACACCUGGACUCGGAUACAGCCCGAGACGAACCACAACUGUCCGAUAAAAACCGACGUUGGCUGAUGCGUCUAUACCAGGGUGCGUGGAAGCGAGGCGUCACCGCAGGCGGUUGCCGCAAUAAUCCAGACUCGUUCCACAUAAACCCACAGCUGCAGCUCUUCUUAAGCGAAAAAGAGGAUGUGAUAGUCUCGGUCAACCAGCACAGUGUGCUGGAGCCGAAGGUCAUCGGAUUCACCGUGUAUAACCUCAACAACGUUCAAAACAUCAACGGGUGCCUUUCGAAGAAUUUCUUCAAGAAACACAAAAGUUUAGUCAAUUCGCAGUAUACCAAUUCGCGCCAGAUAAGCCAUCGGUGUUCGCUGGACCCGGGCCGUUACCUGAUCAUGGCAACGACGUUCGAACCCGCCGAGGAAGCAUCGUUUAGUGUGCGGGUCCUGGGAACAACGAUACGAUUAUCGCUGCUUGAAACGCAAACAAUGUUAUUGUUGGACCCAUUCCCGCUGCUGAAUUCCAAUGCAAAAAUAUUGAUGGAUUCGGCCAAUAACAAUGUAACUGCAGCGACCAGCACAGCCCAGUACGAACCAGUAUUUAUGCAGUUGGCAGACGAUCAGCGGACAUUGAACUGUUUCGAUCUGCAGGAACUGCUGGAGGCGUGCCUCCCCAACGAUUACAUUCGAAGUUGUGCCAGUUUGGAAGUGUGUCGGCAAGUUGUCUGUCUAAUGGAUAAAACUAACCGGGGGCGAAUCAAUUUCAACGAUUUCAAUAAGUUUAUGGUGAACCUGAAGACUUGGUGGGGUGUGUUCAAAAUGCACACCAAAGAAAAAUCCGGCAUACUGCGGGCAGAACGAUUCCGCGAUGCGCUGUACGAUGUUGGCUUCCAGCUGAGUACGGACAUUUUGUCUAUCCUGAUACUGCGAUACAUGAGGAGAGACGGCACUCUUAGACUAUCGGACUUCAUAUCGGCCAUUCUACACCUAACGAUGGCUUUUGAGUUGUUCAAAGCUAAGGACACCAAUCAGGAUGGCGUGAUCAGCAUGGGCAUGACUGAGUUCAUAAAAUCGGUCUUCAUGUGCUGAGUAACCAGUCAUCGACGUCGUCGUGUAAAAAAAAACACUUUUAUUAGGCGUGAAAUCCACAAGGAAAUGCGACAGUUUUUGCAUUUGUAAGAAAUGACAACGCUACGUUACAUCGAAUACCGUCUAUAAUGUUAAGGCAGUAGACUACCUUACUUGUGUAGCAAUAAAACCAGUUGACUUUGUUUUAAUCAAAACGAAAGGAACGAUUAGGCCUGUGUUUACAGCUUGUGCAAACCUAUCGAGAAACAAAUUUGCUCAUUAACAUACGAAUAAUUGUUACGAUCGUAUACCGUUGAAAUGGAAAAUAAAUUAGACCUUUGUAAACUCA